AUGUCUGAAACUAACGAUUCCACUCACCAGCAACAACAAGCAAAUCGUGCUAUUCUCACACCAUCCUUCUCAACGCUCAUUGACUCACCAUUCCUAUUAAAUUCCGUUCUCAUCAGUCGGAAUGAGGUUUCUUCAGUCAUGGAGGAAGAAGAGAAGAAGGCGACUAACAUUGAUGAUAAAUAUUCGGAAGAUAAUUUGGAGGAUAAAAAAUCAAUAUCCGAUAAUAAACAUGUUGGAGAAUAUAUGAAGAAUUUAUAUGUACAUAAUAAUGAUAACGAUGAGGAUGUGGAUUAUAUUAAAAAGUCUCAGGAUUUGAUGAAAUCAAUUAGGAAUGGAAAAGUAAUAGAGUAUGAAGAUGUAUCGAAUGAACAUUUAUCUCCUCCGAGAGAUACUCUGGUUAUUGGAAAGAAUGAAAUAGGAGAUUCUAUAGGAUCUGAGAGGUUUUCGGUCAAGCCAACAAUAGAAAAAAGUGAAAAAUCAACUAUUGAAAAACCAAAGAAGGAAAAGAAGGAACGAAGAGAUAGUGGAAAGAAUGAGCAAUCAUCAAUUAUUGAUACAAUAUUUUCACCUUUUUCUUGGAUGGUUGGAGGUUCAUCAAAAAGAAGUGCUGCAGAGCAACAAGAAAAGAAAUCGAGCGAGAAAGCAACAAUUGAGGAAAAAACCCCUAGCUCACAAUCCAGUGAACAACAAUCACCAAGCAAUGAAAAUUCCAAUAAUAGUUCAGAAGAAAAGAAAGCUGCAGCAGAACCAUCAAUCCUUUCCACAAUAUUUUCUUCUAGUCUGUUCUCUUCUAAAAAGAAUUCAGAAUCUUCACAAUCAGAAGAGCCAAAAUAG